AUGUUCGGCAUAUUGAUUACAUCAUCGAAGUUACCGAAGGAGUUAAGGUGCAGCAGUGCCGACAGCGUUUACCGAUUCUACUGUCCAACGCCGUUUCCGGACCAGUUGAACAGCGGCUGGGUGUGCAUAUCAUUCGAGAAGUUGUGCAACGGCAUUCCCGAUUGUCCGGGGGCAGAGGACGAAGACCCAACGCACUGCAUGUUCUACAGAGCUCUUCAACGAGAAGCUUACCACCUUCGCAAGAUCAUCAUCGGUCACUACGUAAAAUUUCAUUUGCUGAACAACGAGUGA